ACUAAACAUAGCACUGCCCUGGAGCAGCUACCUCUCCAGCCUUCAAGCGUCUCCCCUGAUGCUUCAAGGAGCACCUGUCGUCCCAACAUCCUUUGCGUGUCCAAUAUGGAAGAACUGGCGGUGGAGGUCCGUGGCUCCAACGGGGCUUAUUACAAGGGCGUUGUCAAAGAUAUCCACGAUGACUCUCUCACCAUUGCCUUUGAGAACAAUUGGCAGCCAGAGCGCCAGGUGCCCUUCAGUGACGUCAGGUUGCCACCGCCUGCUGAUGGCAAGAAAGAGAUGGGAGAGGGGGAUGAGGUGGAGAUCCUCUCCAGAGCCAAUGAACAGGAGCCUUGUGGUUGGUGGCUGGCUAAAGUCCGCAUGAUGAAGGGAACGUUCUAUGUGAUAGAGUACGCAGCCUGCGACGCUACCUACAAUGAGAUAGUGACCUUUGAGCGUCUGCGGCCAGUCAACCCCAACAAGGCCAUCACCAAGAACACCUUUCACAAGUGCACUGUCCCUGUUCCUCAGGAUCUACAAGAAGCGUGCCAGAAUGAGAACGCCCAUAAGGACUUUAAGAAAGCUGUUGGAGCCUGUCGCAUCUCAUACUGCCCUGAGACCAGCCAGCUACUGAUUGUGUCCACCAAUGAGGCGACAGUGAAGCGUGUGUCUUUGCUGAGUGACAUGCACCUGCGCAGCAUCAGGACCAAGCUGCUGUUAAUGUCACGAAACCACGAGGCCACAAAACACCUGGAGAGCUCCAGGCAGCUGGUGUCGUCCUUCCAGGAGGAGUUCACAGUGAGAACGGAUCUGAUGGGCCUGGCCAUCGGCAGCCAUGGCAGCAACAUCCAGCAAGCACGAAAAGUUCCAGGUGUCUCUGCCAUCGACCUGGAUGAGGAGACUGGCACUUUCAGGAUUUAUGGAGAGACAGCGGAGGCAGUGAAGAAGGCGAGGAACUACCUGGAGUUUGUGGAGGAUUCUGUUCAGGUGCCCAGAAACCUUGUUGGAAAAGUGAUUGGUAAGAACGGUAAGGUCAUCCAGGAGAUUGUGGACAAGUCAGGUGUGGUGAGGGUCAGGAUAGAAGGAGACAAUGACAACAAGCAGCCCCGACAGGAAUUGACACAGGGAAUGGUCCCAUUCACCUUUGUUGGUACUAAGGAAAGUAUUGGCAACGUUCAGGUCUUGCUGGAGUACCACAUCUCUUACCUCAAUGAGGUCGAGCAGCUUCGUCUGGAGAGGAUGCAGAUUGAUGAACAGUUACGUCAGAUCACCCAGGGUCACCGCCCAGGGGACAGAGGAGACAGAGGCGACAGAGGCGAAAGAGGAGGAGGAGGGUAUAACGCAGAUGGCAGUGCCAAUGCUUCCUCGUCCUCUUUACAUGGCAGUCGCUCCUACAAUGGUCGAGGGCGUGGGCGGAGAGGCCAUGGCUACAGCGCUGGAUAUGGCACCAACUCAGAGCAGUCCAACGCCUCUGAGACUGAUUCAGAGCGCAGAGAUGAGCUCAGUGACUGGUCUCUUGCUGGAGAGGACCAGGACAGGGAGAGGGAGAGGGAGAGAGGCUCCCGACCACAAAGAGAUGGUCGCAGGAGGCCUGGACCCGGCAGAGGCCGAGGGGGGCCUGGAGGACGGGGAAGAGGAGGAAGAGGAGGAUACAGCAACAGCUCUGCAGGGCAUCAGUACCAUGAGGAUAACAAUGCCUACGGUGUUGCAGAGACAAACACUGAGACUGACCAGACAGCUGAUACAGAUGCUAGCGAGUCAAACAUGCCUGCAAAUCGCCGCAGAAGAUCGCGGCGGCGUAGAACAGAUGAGGACACCACACUGAUGGAUGGCAUGAGCGAGUCAGACAACGCCUCAAUGAGUGAAAAUGGAAUCGAUGACUCAGAGGCUAAACCUCAGCGUCGUAACCGUAGUCGCCGUCGCCGUGCCCGCCUGCCUGAGGAGAGGCAGCCAGUGACAGUGGCUGACUACAUAUCCCGGGCUGAAUCUCAGAGCAGACAGAUGACCACAAACAAGGAAACCAAGAAGAGCAAGGAUGUGGGUCAGGUGGAUGCCAUUGCAGAGGACGGCCCACCGUCUGCCCCGGCAACCACCAAUGGUUCCAACGCUGCCGCCAGCGAGGGCAGCGAUGCCACCGGAGCUCCCGCCAAAGUCUCCUACCAGGGGGACUCGAACCUGCAACCUGUUGUUAAUGGACUCUCCUAGUCAGACCUGAGCAAAGGAAAUGGUUUCAAAUAUUUGAAAUGAUUUGGCUGCACCUAAUUUAAUCUCCCUGUCUCUGGCGCAGCCUUUAAAAUGAAACACAAGCACUGUUAUUUUUUACUUUGCAAGUAUUUGAAACCUGUUCCACUGCGCAAGGUUUCUGAGGUCUGAACCUCAACCUCCCCUUUACACACACAUUCUGUCCAACUAUUCAUUUUACUACAGGUUUUUUUACAAUAGUUCUUCCUGUAUGAGCUUGCCAAAGAUAGUCAAACACACACAAACUUACAGACAUCUACGUAACUGUACAUUUCAGUCCGCUCUUCAUUGAGAGCUCAGGGAGAGGUCGGACUGAAUGCAGUAUUUAUAAAAUGCAGACAGGGAUUCCACUCAAACCCAUACUAUGGUAUCAAUGCAGCAGUUGUUUUUUUUAUCAGUACAAAUAAUAUCAAAGCAGGAUUUUAGAACAGAAACAUGUCCGCCUUUUACCAGGUGGGCUCAGAAAGAUGCUUCCACAACAUUUUUCAGGAUGUUUUGUGCAUCUGUAGUUUGUAAAUUAAAUAUUCUGCAUGAGCAGUACCACAGUGCAGAUAGGUUUGUUGGAAACCCAAGUAUGUUUGACAUACACGUGAUCAUCUGUUGUGCCUUGAGAGUAGAUUCAACAUGUUGUUGCCUGGCUCUGCACACCAUCUGAAAUCUUUUCACUUGUUUCCGUGUUACUCUGUCACCCUUGCCUGCCACAGUUGAACCACAAGCUGUCUCCUUGUGCUAUAUAUUCCCUUAUGGCACUGUAGGCGGGUGGAGGCAAACACUGAAAGUCCCUGAAAGGAUUUCAGAGGCAUAUCUUUUUAAAAUCAGGUGUGUCUAUUCUUAAUGUUUGUGGGGAAAAAAGAGUCCAGUUAUCCUUUAUAUAUAUAUCUGUUGAGGAGUUUGACAUUAGCUGCUUUCUGUUUUUCAAUAUGCAACCACUUUGGUCAUACAAGAAAUGUUAUUACAGCGUUGUCUGGGAAAGAAACAAACAAUAGAGGAGUUGUUUUCUUUGCACUGAAACAUAGCCUUUUUUCUGUUAAAAAGUUGAUUGUAGUUGAGUCUGGAAACUGGCCUGUUUACUGUUAAGUGCUGGACAGAGAUGUAGCCAUCAGUGCUGGGUUUCCUGGAAACAUCUCAUUGCUAAACAUCGGGCACUUCCAUCAGAUAUAUGACAAGCAGGGAUAAUGAGUGCUGUUUCCUCCCAGAAAUCCAGCUAAAUCAGAAGAGACUCGAAGCCGGUUUGCAGUAUCUUGGAGAUUGAUAUCCCCUUGUAAAUGCUCUCUAUAGCAAAAGUCUUGUUUUGAGUACCCUGGUGUUGGAGAUGUUUCUGGAAAACCAAGCCCAGGUGACGAUGAUGUCAUUUUCAUGGUUCUUCCACAGACUGGCUGGCUGGAAACUGGUCAUGACUGUUCCUCUGAGGAAGGAGAUUUAUUUGGUUUAUUUAUUUAAAAAAUGUACAGUAUUUAAACAAAAAAAGGGGCAAAACAAGAGAAGCUCUUCUUUUUCUCGACACUAAAACAUGAGUUACUUAGAGUUUCCUUUUGAGACAAAUGACAAUUUGGACUACUGAGAGUUGUGACAUCCCAAGUGUUUUUGUUGGGGCAACUACAGUAUGUUUUUUUUUUCUUUCUUUUUUUUUUUUUUAAGGAUCAUUCUGGUUGGUUGAUGUGCAAUAUGUUUUGUAUGCAGUUAGUUCUUAAAUAAACUUGAUCUUCCAUGUAGAUCUCAAA